CUCCUACUUGUAGAAUUCUCUCUCUAUCUCUAUCUCUAUCUCUAUCUCUAUCUAUUUGACAUGGAGAUGGGUAGGAAGAAUUUGAAAUGUCUUACAACUAUUGCUUUCAUUUGUGUUUUUGUUUGCUCUUUUAGUUUUCACUGUUGCCAUGCUAGAAAAACUGUAGACUACCGCCACUGGCAAGUUCAUCGUCAUCAUCAAGGUAGCGGCCGCUCUUUGAGGUUGACAGGCAGUGGCCAUGUUGGAAGUGAGGGUGUUGUAGGAACGUCACUAGCAAGUAAAGGUAGAGCUACUAAUGGUGGUUCAGGAAAUUUUAAUGUGUUGGACUUUGGAGCUAAAGGUGAUGGAGAGACAGAUGACACUAAGGCAUUUCAGUCAGCUUGGGAGUCGGCUUGCAAUGUAGAGGGAUCAGUUGUGGAGGUUCCCUCAGGUUCCGAGUUCCUCGUUGGCCCGAUUUCGUUCUCGGGUCCAAAUUGUCAACCAAACAUUAUGUUUCAGUUGGAUGGAAAGAUCAUUGCUCCUACAAGCCCUAGUGCUUGGGGUUCAGGAAUGUUACAAUGGAUUGAAUUCACUAAACUUAAAGGAAUUACAGUCAAAGGUACAGGGACAAUUGAUGGACAAGGCUCGGUUUGGUGGAAUGACUCACCGACAGACAAUCCCACUGAUAAAAAUUUGGACAAGGAAAGCAGUGGUGGAGAACUUCCAAGCACCAAACCAACUGCACUUAGGUUCUAUGGGAGUGAUGAAGUAACAGUCUCUGGAAUAACAAUCCAAAACAGCCAAAAAGCUCACCUGAAAUUUGAUAGUUGCACAGCAGUUCAAGUCUCUUCAUUAACAAUAUCAUCACCAGGUGACAGCCCAAACACAGAUGGAAUUCACUUGCAGAAUUCUCAGAAUGUGAUCAUUUCAAACAGCAAUAUAGCUUGUGGAGAUGAUUGUAUAUCCAUACAAACUGGAAGCUCAGGUGUAUACAUACACAAUGUCAACUGUGGACCAGGCCAUGGAAUUAGCAUAGGAGGACUAGGACGUGAUGACACAAAAGCAUGUGUAUCCAAUGUCACAGUCCGUGAUGUUAAACUGCAGAAUACAAUGAAUGGGGUCAGAAUAAAAACAUGGCAGGGGGGUUCAGGCUUAGUACAAGGAAUACUAUUUUCAAACAUUCAAGUUACAGACGUUCAAACUCCAAUAAUGAUAGACCAAUACUACUGUGAUGGGGGUAGAUGCCAUAAUGGAUCUUCUGCAGUAGCAAUUUCAGGAGUAAACUAUGUAAACAUCAGAGGAACAUACACUUCAACGCCGGUCCAUUUUGCCUGCAGUGACAGUCUUCCAUGCACAGGUGUGACAUUAGACACCAUUCAGCUUGAGGGGAGCAGUGGCUCGAACGAACCAUUCUGUUGGAAGGCAUAUGGUGAACUGAAAACCUCCACCGUCCCUCCCGUCGACUGCUUGCAAUCUGGAAAUCCAUUUAAAGCUCAAGCUCAUGAUUCUUGCUAAGCUUUGCAGCUAAAUAUUAAUUACAUCAAAGAAGAAAAAAAAUACAUCAUAAACUGCUUAGAAACAUAAACUAUAUGUUACAAAAAGGGGUUCUAUAGAAAGAUAAAUUACACGGUAGAUUGCUUAGAAAAAGAAUUGGUAUAUGCUACAAAAAGGGUUCUGCAGUCAUUGAUGGAGAUUUAGGAGAAAAUUUACAUGAUAUACUGCUUAUAUAUAGAAAUGUUAUAUGCUUAAAAACCUGUUUGCCACAAUUAUGGCUCUUCCUCAAAA